UUUUAUAAAUUAGCCAAGCUCAGUCAGGGCAGAAGGCUGGCUGUCAGAGGGCAGAGAGUGAGUGUGUGUUUGUGCUUGUAUUAAUAAUCAUUUGAGAUUUUUAGUCAGGUACAGUUCCAGAAGGACACACUGAUUACGACUCAGACAGAGAAUUUGAGGACAGCCUUUCUAAUCCACCUGUAAAAGAUAAAAGACAGUCACCUCCUCCAGAUAGGCCUCCCUCUGUUCCUCAAAUCAGCCAGCACUUCUGCAUCUCCACAGAAGAUCAGGACAGCCCAGAAAGAGUUGUUCAGAAGGAAAAACUCCAUGCAGAACUAAAAGAAGUUCUAAGAAGAAAAAGCAGCUACCUGAAACAGAGCCACUCAAAUAUUGCAAGCAUGGAUCCUUCAAAGGAGAAGAGCGAGUCUGGGCAGGAGGAAAGCCAUCUAUCUGAAUUAGUGGAGAUGGUGGUAGAGACAGAAGCUGAGGUAGGGGCCAGUGGCUACAGUGUGGUGGGUGGAGGGACAAAGGGGAUCUUUAUUAAAGAUGUCUUGAAAGACUCACCUGCAGCAAAACAUCUUAGCCUUCAGAAAGGAGAUCAGUUGCUGAGUGCCAAGGUUUAUUUUGAUAAUGUCAAAUAUGAAGAUGCUCUGAAGAUCCUACAGUGUGCAGAACCUUAUAAAGUGUCAUUCUCCUUGAAAAGGACUGUGGUUCAAACUGAUGUCAGCGGUCAUCUAAGUGCACCAAAUGUUGAUCACAGAGGACCUAAGACUAAGAUGCAAAAAAUGAGUGUUAGAAGUGUCAAACAAUUCAAAGCCAAGAAGAAAAGGGGUGGAAGAUUUGGAUUGAAAAGAUUAAAAGAGAAAAAGAGAACAAGAGCUGAAGCAGAAAUGGACAAUGAGGAAACAUCAGGUAGAUUAGACUUUACUCCAGUUGAUGUGGAAUUUGCACUCCCAAAGUUUAAAUUGAAGAAGCAUAAGAAAGUCUCUGAAGAGCAAUCUGGAAAUUUAGAAAGAAUGAAGCCCCAUGAUGAGAAGACAAGAAAAAUAAAAUUUCCAAAGGCUAAAAUAAAACCUGCUAUAGAAGGUAUAGAAUAUUCAACAAAGAAAGGAGAAAUAGACAAAGGAAAAAUCCCAAAUUCACAAAUGAAGGAUUCUGAUGAAUGUGUGCUCGGAAAGAAAAUAAGCAUGCCAAGUGACAUACAAAUACCAAAUCUAAAUUUAGAGAAAAAACAUAUAGCUGAAGCCAGUGGAUCCAUGGCUGAAGGGGCAAAUGUAAUGUUUACUACUGUUGAAAGCUCUGAUGCCAAAUGUGGGAAAGUGCCAUCCACAGAUAUAUCAUUACUAAAAAGUAAAGGUAAAAGAGAAAUUGUCCUAGAAAGACAUUCUGUAACAGGAGGAAAGAUUGAAAUGCCCAAACAUGACACUGAAGGUUAUUCUGGAAAAGGAGGAAAGAUCAACUUUCCAAAGACUGACCCAUCCUUACCAAAAGUAAAAUCACCCAGCCUUGAUGUCAGUAAUAAUGUUGAUAUCUCACUGCCAAAAGGAAAGGUAAAGACGGGUGUCAAUAUCAAAGGUGAGGCUAGUAAAGGAGGGGAAUUUAAAAUGCCCAAAGUUGAUCUUUCACUACCGAGAAUGAAGUUACCAGAGGAUAAGUUUAAUAUGGAAGGUGCUGACAUGGUUGAGAAAGUUGACAUGCCACCCACUGACAUAUCAUUACCAAAAAGUAUGGCUAGUGGACAAAUUGAAAUUGAAGGGUAUUCUGGAACAGGAGGAAAGAUUGACUUGCCAGAGAUUGACAUCUCCUUGCCAAAAGUAACACCACCAAAGGUUGAUAUCAGUGUUGAGGGCCCUCAGAUCAAGGGCAGAAAGGUGCACAUGCCAGAUAUUGAUAUCUCUGUACAAAAAGGGAAAGUAAAAGGUGGUAUGAAUCUUGAAGGAGACACUGAUAAUGGAGGUGGGUUUCAAAUGUCCAAAGCUGAUCUUUCACUCCCAAGAAUGAAGUUACCAGAGGGUAAGAUUAAUGUGGAAGGCCCUGGUAUCAAAGUUGGGAAUGUUGACCUGCCUUCCUUUGACAUAUCAUUACCAAAAGGGAAGGCUAAAGGAGAAAUUGACAUUAACAGUCCAUUCGGAAAAGGGGGAAAAAUUGAUGUGCCAAAUGUUGACAUUUCCUUACCAAAGGUAACACCACCCAAGGAUGAUAUCACUGUUGAGGGUCCUAAUAUCAAGGGCAGAAAGUUUCAUAUGCCAAAUGUUGAAUGUCCUGACAUCAAAGUCGGGAAGGUUGACAUGCCAUCUAUUGACAUUUCUGUACCUGAAUGGAAAGUUGACAUGCCAUCCAUUGACAUUUCUGUACCAAAAGAGAAAAGUGACAUGCCAUCCAUUGACAUAUCAUUGCCAAAAGUUAAGAACAAAGGAAAACUUGACAUUGUAGAACAUUCUGGAACAGGAGGAAAGUUUGACUUGCCAACGGUUGACAUUUCCCUACCAAAAGUAACACCACCCAAGGUUGAUUUCAGUGUUGAAGGUGCAGAGAUCAAGGGCAGGACAUUUCACAUGCCAGAUAUUGACAUCUCCCUGCCAAAAGCAAAAGUUAAAGGGGGAGUCAACCUUGAUAGUGAGGCCAAUAAAGGAGGAAUGCCUAAAGUUGAUCUUUCACUGCCAAGAAUUAAGUUACCAGAGGGUAAGAUGAAUGUGGAAGGCCCUGAUAUCAACAUUGGGAAAGUUGGACUACCUUCCAUUGACAUAUCAUUACCUAAAGGCAAGCCUAAAGGAGAAAUUGACAUUGAAGGACCAUCUGGAAAAGUGGGAAUGAUUGAUAUGCCAAAUGUUGACAUUUCCUUACCAAAAGUAUCACCACCCAAGGUUGACCUCAAUGUUGAGUGUCCUGACAUCAAGGGCAGGAAGUUGCAUAUGCCAGAUGCUGAUUUCUCUUUGCCAAAAGCUGAUCUAUCCCUACCAAGAAUGAAGUUACCAGAGGGUAAGAUGAAUGUGGAAGGCCCUGAUAUCAACAUUGGGAAAAUUAAACUACCUUCCAUUGACAUAUCAUUACCAAAAGGGAAAUCUAAAGGAGAAAUUGACAUUGAAGGACCAUCCGGAAAAGGGGGAAUGAUUGAUGUGCCAAAUGUUGACAUUUCCUUACCAAAAGUAACACCACCCAAGGUUGAUCUCAAUGUUGAUGGUCCAGAAAUCAAGGGCAGGAAGUUUCAUAUGCCAGAUAUUGACAUCUCCCUGCCAAAAGCAAAAGUAAAAGGGGGAGUCAAUCUUGAAGGUGAGGCCGAUAAAGGAGGAAGGAUUCAAAUGCCUAAACUUGAUCUUUCACUACCAAGAAUGAAGUUACCAGAGGGUAAGAUGAAUGUGGAAGGCCCUGAUAUCAACAUUGGGAAAGUUGGAUUACCUUCCAUUGAUGUAUCAUUACCAAAGGGGAAGUCUAAAGGAGAAAUUGACAUUGAAGGACCAUCUGGAAAAGGGGGAAUUAUGCCAAAUGUUGACAUUUCCUUACCAAAAGUAACACCACCCAAGGUUGAUCUUGAUGUUGAGGGUCCUGACAUCAAGGGCAGGAAGUUUCAUAUGACAGAAGUUGAUUUCUCUUUGCCAAAAGUUGACCUUUCACUGCCAAAAAUGAAGUUACCACAGGGUAAGAUGAAUGUGGAAGGCCCUGAUAUCAACAUUGGGAAAGUUGGACUACCUUCCUUUGACAUAUCAUUACCAAAAGGGAAGGCUAAAGGAGAAAUUGACAUUGAAGGACUAUCUGGAAAAGGAGGGAUGAUUGAUGUGCCAAAUGUGGACAUUUCCUUGCCAAAAGUAACACCACCCAAGGUUGAUCUCGAUGUUGAGGGUCCAGAAAUCAAGGGCAGGAAAUUUCAUAUGCCAGAUAUUGACAUCUCUUUGCCAAAAGCAAAAGUAAAAGGGGGAGUCGAUCUUGAAGGUGAGGCUGAUAAAGGAGGGAGGUUUCACAUGCCUAAAGUUGAUCUUUCACUACCAAGAAUAAAGUUACCAGAGGGUAAGAUGAAUGUGGAAGGCCCUGAUAUCAACAUUGGGAAAGUUGGACUACCUUCCAUUGACAUAUCAUUACCAAAAGGGAAGGCUAAAGGAGAAAUUGACAUUGAAUUACCAUCUGGAAAAGGGGGAAAUAUGCCAAAUCUUGACAUUAGCUUACCAAAAGUAACACCACCCAAGGUUGAUCUCCAUGUUCAGGGUCCAGAAAUCAAGGGCAGGAAGUUUCAUAUGCCAGAUGUUGAUUUCUCUUUGCCAAAAGUUGAUCUUUCACUACCAAAAAUGAAGUUACCAGAGGGUAAGAUGAAUAUGGAAGGCCCUGAUAUCAACAUUGGGAAAGUUGGACUACCUUCCAUUGACAUAUCAUUACCAAAAGGUAAGGCUAAAGGAGAAAUUGACAUUGAAGGACCAUCUGGAAAAGGGGGAAUUAUGCCAAAUGUUGACAUUUCCUUGCCAAAAGUAAAACCACCCAAGGUUGAUCUCAAUGUUGAGGGUCCUGACAUCAAAGGCAGGAAGUUUCAUAUGCCAGAUAUUGAUUUAUCUUUGCCAAAAGUUGAUCUUUCACUACCAAAAAUGAAGUUACCAGAGGGUAAGAUGAAUGUGGAAGGCCCUGAUAUCAACAUUGGGAAAGUUGGACUACCUUCCAUUGACAUAUCAUUACCAAAAGGGAAGGCUAAAGGAGAAAUUGACAUUGAAGGACCAUCUGGAAAAGGGGGAAUGAUUGAUGUGCCAAAUGUUGACAUUUCCUUACCAAAAGUAAAACCACCCAAGGUUGAUCUCAAUGUUGAGGGUCCUGACAUCAAAGGCAGGAAGUUUCAUAUGCCAGAUAUUGAUUUAUCUUUGCCAAAAGUUGAUCUUUCGCUACCAAAAAUGAAGUUACCAGAGGGUAAGAUGAAUGUGGAAGGCCCUGAUAUCAACACUGGGAAAGUUGGACUACCUUCCAUUGACAUAUCAUUACCAAAAGGGAAGGCUAAAGGAGGAAUUGACAUUGAAGGACCAUCUGGAAAAGGGGGAAUAAUUGAUGCGCCAAAUGUUAACAUUUCCUUGCCAAAAGUAAAACCACCCAAGGUUGAUCUUGAUGUUCAGGGUCCAGAAAUCAAGGGCAAGAAGUUUCAUAUGCCAGAUGUUGAUUUCUCUUUGCCAAAAGUUGAUCUUUCACUGCCAAAAAUGAAGUUACCAGAGGGUAAGAUGAAUGUGGAAGGCCCUGAUAUGAACAUUGGGAAAGUUGGACUACCUUCCAUUGACAUAUCAUUACCAAAAGGGAAGGCUAAAGGAGAAAUUGACAUUGAAGGACCAUCUGGAAAAGGGGGAAUGAUUGAUGUGCCAAAUGUUGACAUUUCCUUACCACAAGUAACACCACCCAAGUUUGAUCUCAAUGUUGAGGGUCCUGACAUCAAAGGCAGGAAGUUUCAUAUGCCAGAUAUUGAUUUCUCUUUGCCAAAAGUUGAUCUUUCACUACCAAAAAUGAAGUUACCAGAGGGUAAGAUGAAUGUGGAAGGCCCUGAUAUCAACAUUGGGAAAGUUGGACUACCUUCCAUUGACAUAUCAUUACCAAAAGGGAAGGCUAAAGGAGAAAUUGACAUUGAAGGACCAUCUGGAAAAGGGAGAAUGAUGCCAAAUGUUGACAUUUCCUUACCAAAAGUAACACCACCCAAGGUUGAUCUCAAUGUUGAGGGUCCUGACAUCAAAGGCAGGAAGUUUCAUAUGCCAGAUAUUGAUUUAUCUUUGCCAAAAGUUGAUCUUUCACUACCAAAAAUGAAGUUACCAGAGGGUAAGAUGAAUGUGGAAGGCCCUGAUAUCAACACUGGGAAAGUUGGACUACCUUCCAUUGACAUAUCAUUACCAAAAGGGAAGGCUAAAGGAGGAAUUGACAUUGAAGGACCAUCUGGAAAAGGGGGAAUAAUUGAUGCGCCAAAUGUUAACAUUUCCUUGCCAAAAGUAAAACCACCCAAGGUUGAUCUUGAUGUUCAGGGUCCAGAAAUCAAGGGCAAGAAGUUUCAUAUGCCAGAUGUUGAUUUCUCUUUGCCAAAAGUUGAUCUUUCACUGCCAAAAAUGAAGUUACCAGAGGGUAAGAUGAAUGUGCAAGGCCCUGAUAUGAACAUUGGGAAAGUUGGACUACCUUCCAUUGACAUAUCAUUACCAAAAGGGAAGGCUAAAGGAGAAAUUGAUAUUGAAGGACCAUCUGGAAAAGGGGGAAUGAUGCCAAAUGUUGACAUUUCCUUACCAAAAGUAACACCACCCAAGGUUGAUCUUAAUGUUGAGGGCCCUGACAUCAAAGGCAGGAAGUUUCAUAUGCCAGAUAUUGAUUUAUCUUUGCCAAAAGUUGAUCUUUCACUACCAAAAAUGAAGUUCCCAGAGGGUAAGAUGAAUGUGGAAGGCCCUGAUAUCAACAUUGGGAAAGUUGGACUACCUUCCAUUGACAUAUCAUUACCAAAAGGGAAGGCUAAAGGAGGAAUUGACAUUGAAGGACCAUCUGGAAAAGGGGGAAUUAUGCCAAAUGUUGACAUUACCUUACCAAAAGUAACACCACCCAAGGUUGAUCUUAAUAUUGAGGGCCCUGACAUCAAAGGCAGGAAGUUUCAUAUGCCAGAUAUUGAUUUAUCUUUGCCAAAAGUUGAUCUUUCACUACCAAGAAUGAAGUUACCAGAGGGUAAGAUGAAUGUGGAAGGCCGUGAUAUCAACAUUGGGAAAGUUGGACUACCUUCCAUUGACAUAUCAUUACCAAAAGGGAAGGCUAAAGGAGAAAUUGACAUUGAAGGACCAUCUGGAAAAGGGGGAAUGAUGCCAAAUGUUGACAUUUCCUUUCCAAAAGUAACACCACCCAAGGUUGAUCUCAAUGUUGAGGGUCCUGACAUCAAAGGCAGGAAGUUUCAUAUGCCAGAUAUUGAUUUAUCUUUGCCAAAAGUUGAUCUUUCACUACCAAGAAUGAAGUUACCAGAGGGUAAGAUGAAUGUGGAAGGCCCUGAUAUCAACAUUGGGAAAGUUGGACUACCUUCCAUUGACAUAUCAUUACCAAAAGGGAAGGCUAAAGGAGGAAUUGACAUUGAAGGACCAUCUGGAAAAGGGAGAAUGAUUGAUGUGCCAAAUGUUGACAUUACCUUACCAAAAGUAACACCACCCAAGGUUGAUCUUAAUGUUGAGGGCCCUGACAUCAAAGGCAGGAAGUUUCAUAUGCCAGAUAUUGAUUUAUCUUUGCCAAAAGUUGAUCUUUCACUACCAAGAAUGAAGUUACCAGAGGGUAAGAUGAAUGUGGAAGGCCGUGAUAUCAACAUUGGGAAAGUUGGACUACCUUCCAUUGACAUAUCAUUACCAAAAGGGAAGGCUAAAGGAGAAAUUGACAUUGAAGGACCAUCUGGAAAAGGGGGAAUGAUGCCAAAUGUUGACAUUUCCUUACCAAAAGUAACACCACCCAAGGUUGAUCUCAAUGUUGAGGGUCCUGACAUCAAAGGCAGGAAGUUUCAUAUGCCAGAUAUUGAUUUAUCUUUGCCAAAAGUUGAUCUUUCACUACCAAGAAUGAAGUUACCAGAGGGUAAGAUGAAUGUGGAAGGCCCUGAUAUCAACAUUGGGAAAGUUGGACUACCUUCCAUUGACAUAUCAUUACCAAAAGGGAAGGCUAAAGGAGAAAUUGACAUUGAAGGACCAUCUGGAAAAGGGGGAAUGAUGCCAAAUGUUGACAUUUCCUUACCAAAAGUAACACCACCCAAGGUUGAUCUCAAUGUUGAGGGUCCUGACAUCAAAGGCAGGAAGUUUCAUAUGCCAGAUAUUGAUUUAUCUUUGCCAAAAGUUGAUCUUUCACUACCAAGAAUGAAGUUACCAGAGGGUAAGAUGAAUGUGGAAGGCCCUGAUAUCAACAUUGGGAAAGUUGGACUACCUUCCAUUGACAUAUCAUUACCAAAAGGGAAGGCUAAAGGAGAAAUUGACAUUGAAGGACCAUCUGGAAAAGGGGGAAUGAUUGAUGUGCCAAAUGUUGACAUUUCCUUUCCAAAAGUAACACCACCCAAGGUUGAUCUCAAUGUUGAGGGUCCUGACAUCAAAGGCAGGAAGUUUCAUAUGCCAGAUAUUGAUUUAUCUUUGCCAAAAGUUGAUCUUUCACUACCAAGAAUGAAGUUACCAGAGGGUAAGAUGAAUGUGGAAGGCCCUGAUAUGAACAUUGGGAAAGUUGGACUACCUUCCAUUGACAUAUCAUUACCAAAAGGGAAGGCUAAAGGAGAAAUUGACAUUGAAGGACCAUCUGGAAAAGGGGGAAUUAUGCCAAAUGUUGACAUUACCUUACCAAAAGUAACACCACCCAAGGUUGAUCUUGAUGUUCAGGGUCCCGAAAUCAAGGGCAAGAAGUUUCAUAUGCCAGAUGUUGAUUUCUCUUUGCCAAAAGUUGAUCUUUCAUUGCCAAAAAUGAAGUUACCAGAGGGUAAGAUGAAUGUGGAAGGCCCUGAUAUCAACAUUGGGAAAGUUGGACUACCUUCCAUUGACAUAUCAUUACCAAAAGGGAAGGCUAAAGGAGAAAUUGAUAUUGAAGGACCAUCUGGAAAAGGGGGAAUGAUGCCAAAUGUUGACAUUUCCUUACCAAAAGUAACACCAACCAAGGUUGAUCUUAAUGUUGAGGGCCCUGACAUCAAAGGCAGGAAGUUUCAUAUGCCAGAUAUCGAUUUAUCUUUGCCAAAAUUUGAUCUUUCACUACCAAAAAUGAAGUUACCAGAGGGUAAGAUGAAUGUGGAAGGCCCUGAUAUCAACAUUGGGAAAGUUGGACUACCUUCCAUUGACAUAUCAUUACCAAAAGGGAAGGCUAAAGGAGCAAUUGACAUUGAAGGACCAUCUGGAAAAGGGGGAAUGAUUGAUGUGCCAAAUGUUGACAUUACCUUACCAAAAGUAAGACCACCCAAGGUUGAUCUUGAUGUUCAGGGUCCUGAAAUCAAGGGCAAGAAGUUUCAUAUGCCAGAUGUUGAUUUCUCUUUGCCAAAAGUUGAUCUUUCACUGCCAAAAAUGAAGUUACCAGAGGGUAAGAUGAAUGUGGAAGGCCCUGAUAUGAACAUUGGGAAAGUUGGACUACCUUCCAUUGACAUAUCAUUACCAAAAGGGAAGGCUAAAGGAGAAAUUGAUAUUGAAGGACCAUCUGGAAAAGGGGGAAUGAUGCCAAAUGUUGACAUUUCCUUACCAAAAGUAACACCACCCAAGGUUGAUCUCAAUGUUGAGGGUCCUGACAUCAAAGGCAGGAAGUUUCAUAUGCCAGAUGUUGAUUUAUCUUUGCCAAAAGUUGAUCUUUCACUACCAAAAAUGAAGUUACCAGAGGGUAAGAUGAAUGUGGAAGGCCCUGAUAUCAACAUUGGAAAAGUUGGACUACCUUCCAUUGACAUAUCAUUACCAAAAGGGAAGGCUAAAGGAGGAAUUGACAUUGAAGGACCAUCUGGAAAAGGGGGAAUUAUGCCAAAUGUUGACAUUACCUUACCAAAAGUAACACCACCCAAGGUUGAUCUCAAUGUUGAGGGUCCUGACAUCAAAGGCAGGAAGUUUCAUAUGCCAGAUAUUGAUUUAUCUUUGCCAAAAGUUGAUCUUUCACUACCAAAAAUGAAGUUACCAGAGGGUAAGAUGAAUGUGGAAGGCCCUGAUAUCAACACUGGGAAAGUUGGACUACCUUCCAUUGACAUAUCAUUACCAAAAGGGAAGGCUAAAGGAGGAAUUGACAUUGAAGGACCAUCUGGAAAAGGGGGAAUGAUUGAUGCGCCAAAUGUUAACAUUUCCUUGCCAAAAGUAAAACCACCCAAGGUUGAUCUUGAUGUUCAGGGUCCAGAAAUCAAGGGCAAGAAGUUUCAUAUGCCAGAUGUUGAUUUCUCUUUGCCAAAAGUUGAUCUUUCACUGCCAAAAAUGAAGUUACCAGAGGGUAAGAUGAAUGUGGAAGGCCCUGAUAUGAACAUUGGGAAAGUUGGACUACCUUCCAUUGACAUAUCAUUACCAAAAGGGAAGGCUAAAGGAGAAAUUGAUAUUGAAGGACCAUCUGGAAAAGGGGGAAUGAUGCCAAAUGUUGACAUUUCCUUACCAAAAGUAACACCACCCAAGGUUGAUCUCAAUGUUGAGGGUCCUGACAUCAAAGGCAGGAAGUUUCAUAUGCCAGAUGUUGAUUUAUCUUUGCCAAAAGUUGAUCUUUCACUACCAAAAAUGAAGUUACCAGAGGGUAAGAUGAAUGUGGAAGGCCCUGAUAUCAACAUUGGAAAAGUUGGACUACCUUCCAUUGACAUAUCAUUACCAAAAGGGAAGGCUAAAGGAGGAAUUGACAUUGAAGGACCAUCUGGAAAAGGGGGAAUUAUGCCAAAUGUUGACAUUACCUUACCAAAAGUAACACCACCCAAGGUUGAUCUCAAUGUUGAGGGUCCUGACAUCAAAGGCAGGAAGUUUCAUAUGCCAGAUAUUGAUUUAUCUUUGCCAAAAGUUGAUCUUUCACUACCAAAAAUGAAGUUACCAGAGGGUAAGAUGAAUGUGGAAGGCCCUGAUAUCAACACUGGGAAAGUUGGACUACCUUCCAUUGACAUAUCAUUACCAAAAGGGAAGGCUAAAGGAGGAAUUGACAUUGAAGGACCAUCUGGAAAAGGGGGAAUAAUUGAUGCGCCAAAUGUUAACAUUUCCUUGCCAAAAGUAAAACCACCCAAGGUUGAUCUUGAUGUUCAGGGUCCAGAAAUCAAGGGCAAGAAGUUUCAUAUGCCAGAUGUUGAUUUCUCUUUGCCAAAAGUUGAUCUUUCACUGCCAAAAAUGAAGUUACCAGAGGGUAAGAUGAAUGUGGAAGGCCCUGAUAUGAACAUUGGGAAAGUUGGACUACCUUCCAUUGACAUAUCAUUACCAAAAGGGAAGGCUAAAGGAGAAAUUGAUAUUGAAGGACCAUCUGGAAAAGGGGGAAUGAUGCCAAAUGUUGACAUUUCCUUACCAAAAGUAACACCACCCAAGGUUGAUCUCAAUGUUGAGGGUCCUGACAUCAAAGGCAGGAAGUUUCAUAUGCCAGAUGUUGAUUUAUCUUUGCCAAAAGUUGAUCUUUCACUACCAAAAAUGAAGUUACCAGAGGGUAAGAUGAAUGUGGAAGGCCCUGAUAUCAACAUUGGAAAAGUUGGACUACCUUCCAUUGACAUAUCAUUACCAAAAGGGAAGGCUAAAGGAGGAAUUGACAUUGAAGGACCAUCUGGAAAAGGGGGAAUUAUGCCAAAUGUUGACAUUACCUUACCAAAAGUAACACCACCCAAGGUUGAUCUCAAUGUUGAGGGUCCUGACAUCAAAGGCAGGAAGUUUCAUAUGCCAGAUAUUGAUUUAUCUUUGCCAAAAGUUGAUCUUUCACUACCAAAAAUGAAGUUACCAGAGGGUAAGAUGAAUGUGGAAGGCCCUGAUAUCAACACUGGGAAAGUUGGACUACCUUCCAUUGACAUAUCAUUACCAAAAGGGAAGGCUAAAGGAGGAAUUGACAUUGAAGGACCAUCUGGAAAAGGGGGAAUAAUUGAUGCGCCAAAUGUUAACAUUUCCUUGCCAAAAGUAAAACCACCCAAGGUUGAUCUUGAUGUUCAGGGUCCAGAAAUCAAGGGCAAGAAGUUUCAUAUGCCAGAUGUUGAUUUCUCUUUGCCAAAAGUUGAUCUUUCACUGCCAAAAAUGAAGUUACCAGAGGGUAAGAUGAAUGUGGAAGGCCCUGAUAUGAACAUUGGGAAAGUUGGACUACCUUCCAUUGACAUAUCAUUACCAAAAGGGAAGGCUAAAGGAGAAAUUGAUAUUGAAGGACCAUCUGGAAAAGGGGGAAUGAUGCCAAAUGUUGACAUUUCCUUACCAAAAGUAACACCACCCAAGGUUGAUCUCAAUGUUGAGGGUCCUGACAUCAAAGGCAGGAAGUUUCAUAUGCCAGAUGUUGAUUUAUCUUUGCCAAAAGUUGAUCUUUCACUACCAAAAAUGAAGUUACCAGAGGGUAAGAUGAAUGUGGAAGGCCCUGAUAUCAACAUUGGAAAAGUUGGACUACCUUCCAUUGACAUAUCAUUACCAAAAGCCAAGGCUAAAGGAGAAAUUGACAUUGAAGGACCAUCUGGAAAAGGGGGAAAUAUGCCAAAUGUUGACAUUACCUUACCAAAAGUAACACCACCCAAGGUUGAUUUCGAUGUUCAGGGUCCAGAGAUCAAUGGUAGGAAGUUUUAUGUCCCAGAUGUUGACUUCUCCCUGCCAAAAGCAAAAGUAAAAGGGGGUGUUGAUCUUGAAGGUGAGGUCAGUGAAAGAGGGAUGUUUCAAAUACCCAUGGUUGAUCUUUCAUUACCAAGAAUGAAGUUAGCAGAAGGCAAUACUAAUGUAGAUAGUCCUGAUAUCACAGUAGGUAAAGUUUGCAUGCCAUCCACUGAUAUUUCAUUUCCAAAAGGGAUGGGUAAAGGAGAAAUUCAUAUUGAAGGACAAGCUGUAAAAAGAGGAAAGAUGGAUUUGCCCAAAUUUGACAUUUCCUUACCAAAGGUAACACCACCUAAAGUUGACAUCAGUGGCCCUGAGAUCAAGGGUGGACAGUUGCACAUGCCAGAUAUUGAUACCUCCCUGCCAAAAGAAAAGGUAAAAGGGGAUGUUGAUCUUGAAGGUGUGACUGAGAAAGGUACAAAGUUCCACAUGCCCAAAGUUGAUCUUUCUAUCCCAAAAUUGAAACCAAGUGUUGAUAUUUCAGCACCUAAGGUUGAUCUUGACUUUGGUAUUCCCAAACAAAAAUGCACUGAUAAAGAAGAUAUUGAACUUCUCAAAGGUGAAGGCAGCAGACCAUCAUCUGGGGCAAGUUUUGAAAUUCCAGAUGUGACUCUAAAAAUGCCAAAAAUUUCACUUCCUAAAUUUGGGGGGAAAUUUAAAACUGAAGACAAACAAGUUGAGGGACUUAGAUUAUCUACAGGUUUGGAUGUGGAUAAAAAUAUGCCAUCUAUAGAACUAAAUGUUGAUGGAAAAAUGAAAGGGAAACGACAGAAGAUAAAAUCUAAAGAAGAUGUGAAUGCUUCACUUGAUAUUGGGGCAGAGGGUAAGGAACAUUUCAAGGUUCCAACAUUGGAUACGAAGACAAAGGUCAAAAUGCCCUCAGUUGAGAUAUCACUGCCAACCCCAUACACACCAGAGAGAGAGGCAUUACUGCCAAAAUCAGAGAUUGAUGUAUCUGACGCAGAUAUCAAGGCUUAUGAGGGUAGUUUAAAAAUCCCAAAGAUGCCAACUAUUGAUAUAUCAGUACCAAAAGUAGAUUUGGAUUUUGCCUUACCAAAAGCAAAACAUAAUGCAAAGUUCAAGUUGCCAGAUAUUACAAAUUCACCUACGGAUAUAUCUCUGCAAAAAGGCAAAGAAGGAGAAAUUCAAGUUCAAGAAAUGGACAAAGAAGGAUGGCAAAAAUUAAAUAUGUCUGGUAAUGUGAAUGCAGAUGCAGGGUCAAGUAAUGGGCUCUCCCUGCCUAAAACUGACAUAAAAGCACCAGAGUUAGACUAUGGGUCUGUUCAAGAUGACACUAGUGAUAAAAUAAAUACAAAGCCAGGUACCAUGGUCAAAAUUCCAAAGUUUGGUGUGGCUCUGCCAUCUCUAACUUCACCUGAAGCCAAAGUCAAUGUUAAAUCACCAAAAGGAUCUUCUUUGACCACAAAUCCUGAAAUACACUAUGAGGGCCCUCCUAUCCCUAAAGUAACAAAAGCUGUUUUUGUUUUAGUUAAUUCCCAGACAGAAAGCUAUGUUCACGUAACCAGCAAAGCAAGUGCAGAAACUGUAGGUAAGAAAAUAAAAGAGCCAAAAAUCACAGAGAAGCAAAGUUUUGGAAAGUCACACUCAAAAGGUACAGGAGUAAUUUCUGAGGAGGAGAAUGAGGAGGAGGAAAUGGAUGAAGAAGUAAAAACAGGAGCAUUUAGGUUGCCCAAAAUUGAGUUUUCUUCGCCAUACUUUAUAAAUGUGGGAGAAGAGGAGACAUUUGAGAUGGGCAUGGAACCUGAGAAUAAGGGUUGCACUGAGGUUAGUCAGGGCAAAAAAGCUAAAUCUGGAAAAAUAUCUUUUCCAGGUUUCAAGAAGAAGUCUGUAAUUGGUGAUGAGGAAAGUGAAAAUGGCAGUUUAGUGUCCUCAAAAGCCAGGCUAGAAAUGUUAACAGAAAAUCAAGGCUCUGAGUCACCAGUACCAAAUAUUUCACUUGGCCCUGUCUCAGGAAAGACCAGUAACAAAAAGGACAGUAAAUCCAAAGAUGAUGUUAGAAACAAGAUGGAUGUGGAAGAAAAAGAGGAGACAACUUGGUUUAAAAUCCCCAAAGUCACUCUUAGCCCCCAUUCCACUGGCAUCCUGCAGAUCACACCAGAGGGAUCUCCAAAGAAAAGCAAGUCAUCUUUACAGUACUCUGGCGAAGAGAUGUCUGGAGCUCUCUACAGGAGAAUGCCAAGUACUGAAUUUUCCACUCAGGAGGUUUCUUCCCAACAGACAGUCACCACAACAAAAGAAGGGACUUUCACUGUGGUAACUAAGACUUCAAAAUAUAAAGUAACAGAAUCAGCAAGUAGCAGCUCAUCUACACACUGGAAUCAGUGAAAUCAAAGGGUAAAUUGAGAGAGAGUGAAAUAUAUUUAUAUUGUCGUUACUUGCAUUUAAAUACAGAUACUAUUUAAUGUAGCACACAUUUCUAUACAUUUCAUAUACACUUUUUAAUGUAGCACACAUUUAUAUUUAUGUUUCAUAUACUUGCACUGACCAUUCAAUUAUUCUUUAUGUAGAUGCUUUGUUUCAGUAGAUUAUUUAUAUUAUUUCUGAGACCUGCAAUUCAUUCAUUAGAUCAUAUACGCAUAUACAAGAUGAAUGGAAUUUUAGGUAGAAUUCUGAGAAGCAUUAUUUUUUUUAGAAUCAUCAUAGUUUUUGAAGCUUCAUGUGAUGCUGUUAUCUUUUCUUUUAUAUAAGGAUAACACUUUUUUUUCAUAAAUAACACCAAAACUGUAGUAGAAGAAACUGUACAUAUUUAUGUAUUUGAACACUGGAAUAAUGUCAUGAAUCUAUAUAAUAUAACAUUAUUACAUAAUAUAAUAUAAUAUAAUAUAAUAUAAUAUAAUAUAAUAUAAUAUAAUAUAAUAUAAUAUAAUAUAAUAUAAUAUAAUAUAAUAUAAUAUAAUAUAAUAUAAUAUAAUAUAAUAUAAUAUAAUAUAAUUUAAUUUUUAAUAAUAUUUAAAUGCAUUAAAAUGUGACAGUGUACAAUGAUGUGACAUUUCUGUGUGGGAAUGCUUUGUAUUCUUGAUUUGAAGUCUCUGAGUGUGCAUUGUGAACUUGUGUGCAAUUUUUUGGCUCAUCAUUUUUCAUUUAAUCGUGCAAUGUGAAAUAUGAAAUUAGUAUCAAAUGCAAGUAGCAUCAUUACUGUAUAGUUUUUUUUAGCAUGUCCUUUGCAUUUCCUUCUAAAGCACAGUUUCUCAGCUGGAUGAAAUAUUAAAUAAAAUAUUUUACAUGCUCUUU